GUUAAUCUAGGCAGCUAGCUGCAUGUGGAAAUCUGCAGUAUCGAUGUACCGAGGACUGCGACCGAAAUAUAUCGAAAUUUAUCGCUGUUCGUCAAGCUCGGAUGAGAAGCCCAUGUACUGUGUCGAAUUGAAAAGUAACACACCUCUACAACGUGCCUCUAGUUGAAGGUUUGUGAAUUUUAACUUACCGUGGAUAAGGAAGGAGAGCAAGAGAUUUAUUUCGAGUGAGUGAAGUGAUUGCGAAGAUUUACUGGAGGUAAUCCGAUUAAUGAAUGCGUGACACCGACGUAGAAAGUUUUACCGCUUAGUUGCACCGUGAUCACUCGUGGACCUUCGCCGGUGCAACAGGGCCCAACCACCGGCCUGUGACUCAUCGUUGAAACACGCCGCGCCCGGACUGCCCACGAUAAAACUAUUAAUUAGCCUGCCAGAUCCUGGGACAGUUGAUGAGUAUUUCUGGACUUCUUUGCAUUCGAGUGAACAAUGUGUUGACAGCUUAAGCAUACAUGUAAAUGUCAUGACGAGUUGGUGAAUUUUGGUGAAUUUCGUUCUUGGUUUGGAACAUUGAUGUCACUUCAUAAUUCACUCGACUACAAACCAUGAAGGUGACAGUAUGUUUUGGAACUGUCAAAGUGGUGGUCCCCUGUGGGAGUGGGGACCUCACUGUUGCAGAAUUGAUGGAGAAGUCCGUCCAGAGAUACAAGAAAGCUGCAGGAAGGACUGACGAAUACUGGGUCCGGAUACGAAGCUUGAAGAGCGAAGGGGAGGAGGCCAUACUGGAUAUAGAUGACCUGGUCUGUGAUGUGGCUGAUGAUAGAGAAAAGCUCAUAGCAACUUUUGAUGAGCAAGAUGGUCCUCGCCCAUCGGGUCACCUGAUCACAGACGGCACCAGCACCUGCGCUAGCUCAGUGGGCACUGCUAGCCCGCCGCUGACCUUCACCAGCUUGGACAACGUCAACGGACCUGCCAACAACAGCAACAACAACAAGAUGCUGGCCAAUCACUACGGUGACUUGGAUGAUCCUAGCGAUGUGGACGUGGUGGUGACCGGAGAUGAGGUGUCUGCAGAUCCAAAGCUUCAUGUUCGUCGUGGAAGUGAUCCCAUAAUGCCUGUGGUUGUCAAUGGUGACCCGCAGAAAUGGAACGGCAGUGACAACCAGCCAAUUGACUCUAACGGCAAUACCAUAACCAAACACACAAGGAGUCCAAGCUUGGAGAUGAUCAAGAAACGACGUAACAGCCGCGACGAGCUGAACAGUCCCUUCCAGCGGUUUGGUCGCAAUUCUUCCCGGCAAUCCAUCUCCAACACGCUGGAUAGCGAUGUGAUGUACAAGUGGGCUGAGGCACAACAGCGUAUGGGGAACAAGAGCAAAGAUGACAAUGAUAGCUUUACCAAUGUGGAAAGGGAGGAGAUUGUCAUUAAGAAUGACGGCACACCCCUCGGCAUCCAGAUUAUUGCAAGAGUGGAGAAUGAUGAUGGAAGUGCGUACGGGUUGGUCAUCCAUGGGAUUGAGACUGGUGGCCGAGCGGCCAGAGAUGGUCGGCUGAAGGAAGGGGACCUUAUACUAACCAUCAACAAGCUGGACAUCUCAGAAAUGACCUUUGAUAGUGCCCAAGAGCUCCUUCGUGAUGCCAUGCGUACAGAGUCGGUUACUCUCACUGUGGAGCGAGAAGCCCCACCCACAAAUGAAGUCACACCCUCUGGCCAGGAGAAUGAGAUAGUAGACAUGCCCAAAGUGCCUCCAUUAGUACCAGCCCGUGCCCCUGCCACCUCGCUCAGCAAGGAGGAAACGUCCCAGAAGGUGCAUAACAUCAUCGCGCCGACCAACACUCGACGGAUUGGAAGGAAGCUCUACGUUCAACUCAUGAAAGGUCCUCAAGGCCUGGGCUUUAGUAUCACCACCAGAGAUAACGCUGUAGGGGGCAAGAACCCAAUCUACAUCAAGAACAUCCUGCCCAAAGGAGCAGCGAUUGCUGACGGACGAUGCAAGCCAGGAGACAGACUGCUGGAGGUUAAUGGCAUUGAGAUGACAGGCAAAACUCAGAGUGAAGCUGUGUCCAUCUUGCGCAGCGUCCGCCUUGGGGGUGUGGUCAAUCUGGUCUUGUCGCGCCAGGAUGCUAACUCACCAGUUCCGUCUGAGCAGAUGAUGCCCAGAGAAAUGCCUGAGGAGAAGAACACUGACGAUCCGACCAAUGCCAAGAACAAGAGAGUGCUUGUCUUUGACAUUGCCCUGAAUGAUACCGGCUCGGCAGGGCUGGGGGUUAGCGUCAAGGGAAAGACGUCUGGGAACGGUACGGAGGGAGAGACCAAGGACUUGGGGAUCUUCAUCAAGAGUGUCAUCCAUGGUGGGGCAGCGUCCAAGGAUGGUAGACUGCGACCCAACGAUCAGCUUCACAUCAAUGAAGAGUCCCUGGUGGGUAUCUCUAACAGUCGAGCCAUGGAGAUCUUGCGCAAGUCCAUGUCUGGCGACAAAUCUCCCCGCUCCACUAUCCGCCUGGUGGUGGCUCGUCGGACUGAUCCCGGUGAUGGGACCACACCUACCUCUGGCAAGCAAGCAGGCGACGUCGGUAGGCCGGAGUCAGUGGAUGGAGAGGUGGGGGUUUGCCCUGGUACCCCUGCGUCUAUCUCAUCCAGAGGGAUGGACAUUGAUAUGGAUGCCAUGGACGAGUUGUUCAGGCAUCCGGUCUUAAACAAAGUGAAUUCCAUCGAGUCUUCCCGCCGUCAUGUGGGGCCAGGCGGUGAUGGCUAUGCUGAAGACUCCGCCCAGCUGUCCCCCACAAUUCCCAAAGGAGGAGCUGAAGUAGUCAUGAUCGAGGACGCUGACGUCGACGAUGCUCUUGCUAAGAUUGAUGCUGCUAGCCCAUCCUCAACUCAAGCCCCAUCCCCUCCUCAGUGGCUUGUGGAUACAUGGGAGAAAGCUGAACAGGACAAUGGUGAAUUGAGCCCGGUUGAUGACCCUUACAACCAAUUUCAGAGAGACAGCUUUGCUAGGCGUAGUUUCUCUGAGCGACAUAAAGGAUCCCUUGAUGCUAAGGAGAUGGCAUGGUAUAAGAAGAAGUACGGUACAGAUCCACCCAAGGUACCAGCGAAGAGCAGCAAGAACGUCAAGGAAGGCACUCAUCAGAAAGAUAUCGCCAUCAGUACAGGUAGUCUGGUCAAAUCCAGUUCCACCGACAACUUGGCGGAUAAAUCCAACUUGUCUUCCAUACACCGCUUGACUCCAGAUGAGCGAAGGCAAAUUGGUCCUUCUCUGGGCUUGAAAAAGAACAGCUCGCUAGAGAGCCUACAGGCAGCUGUGGCAGAGAUUAUGACCCAUGAUGACCUGCCUGCACGACCAAGGGCAAAGGUUGUGCGAGGUCGGGGCUGCAAUGAGAGCUUCCGAGCGGCUGUGGAUCGGUCCUACGACCAGCCGCUCAACGGGACUGCUGGUAAUUCCACCUCCACUGAUUCAGUGAAGGAGUACAUGGAGAAUGGCCACGCCCCUGUCAGGGAUGACCGCUCGUCCCGUGAUGACCACUCAUCAGUCAGCAGCCAUGACCCGGUCAUCAUGUCUCGGACCAGCAGCUCCAAGAAAAGCAACAAGAAGGAGAAAGACAAGAGAAAAAGCAGUGCUUUCAAGGGCUUCGGCUCCAUGUUCAGGUUUGGCAAGAAUCGUAGGCCUGAGCGAGAUGGGAAAUCCCUUGAGGAGGACCAGGCCAAAGGUUCAUCGACGUCCUCGGAGAAAGCCAAAGAGGACAUGGAGAAAUAUAAGGAACAACAAGAGGAGCAGAACUCUCGCAUCCAGGAUGAAGUGCGUAAGCUGAGGGAGCAGCAGUCCCUCAAGCGCCACAAAGAGGAGAGCGAAGAGGCGCGUCAGAAGGCCCAAAGGAUGCAGGAACUGAGACAACGAUACCAGCGAGACCACCGAGAGAGACAAGGUCGUUACAUUGAUGAUGAUGACGAUGACGAUGAAGAUGGUGAAAGAAGUGGAGACAAGGAAGAUGAGGGAUAUGCUGAUGGCUCACCAACAUCCCCCAGAAGUCCUGGGCCUCGUUCACCACAUCGGGAGGGCAGACAUGCCCCUGAGUAUCAUAACCAUGACCAGGAACGGUGGGAACGACAGAGUGAGGGGAACCAUCGCAGGGGGUCCCACAGUCAUGAUGACAGCCGGUGGCCUGAGAGACGAGACGAGUAUCACCAUGGUAACCGAGAUGAGAGGAGAGAGCAGCAGAGGGAAAACGAUGCUGAGAGCAGACAUCGUUACGGCCGCCACAGUGUCCCUCCAUACAUGGAAUCAAGGUCUCGCAAUGAGCCCAGGGGUAACCCAGAUCGAAAUCGAGAUUCUCGCACUGCCGCUGAUGUCCAUGCUGAGCCUCAUUAUGCAUCAGUUGUCCGCAAACCCCGCCUCGAUAGGAACCCUGAACACCCUGACAGAGACUGGCGUGGUGAGAAGACUCUGGAUCGCGACAGAGCCGAAAGGAUACGCGAAGAGCAUCCUUACGCGUCUGUGGAGAGGCGCGAUCCACAAGACCGCAGUUUGCCAAAGCGGUCACCCGACAAAAUAUACGACAGCCUGGAUGGGAGCAGACAGCGAGACCAUGUGCGAGAGGAAAGGAAUAGAGAGGAUUGGUAUCGAAAUGAAAAGAGAGAACGGGAGGAUAGAUAUCGGGAAGAGAGUUACCAGGAAAUCAGGCCUCGAGACAAGAGGUAUCACGAGGAGGACAGGCCACGUGACAGGAGGUAUGAUGACAGUAGGGCCCGAAAUGAUAGAUAUCACGAUGAACGGUAUCAGGACGACAAGUAUCGCAUUGACAGGCACAGUGACAGACACGAUGGCAAAAGGGUAGAUAGAAGGGAGGACCGGCAUGAAGGAGAGACAGCCAAGAAACACAACGAUCCUGAGAAACUGAAAAACAGUGAUACCCAGGGGAAACGCCGGGAAAGUGAAACCUUGAGUCGCAAGGACAGUGACACUGCCAAGAGUAAAGAAACGCUGAAACGUAAGGAUAGCGAGAAGGGUAGCAAGGACAAGAAAGCUGACAAGGCUAAGGGCAAAGAGAAUGAGAAAAAAGACAAGGAGGAGCCGAAGUUGACGCGGAAGAAGAGCGACAAAGACAAGAAGAAGGACAAAGAAAAGGAGAAGGAAGCCAAGAAGAAGGAGAAAGACAAGACCAAGUCCAAGGAGGACAAGAACAAAGACAAAGAUGAAAACCUUCCUCAGAAGAGGACAGGUCAGAGGAGAAGAGCUCUGAUCCCAGGCGAGAUCGAAGAGAUGAUCCAAGAACCGACAAACGAGACGGCAGGCAUCAUGAGGACAGACGGGGUGAUACACUGGACAGGAGACACCGCGGGGAAAGGGGAACCGGUGAUGGGCGAGAACACCGGAGGGAUGAACGAUGGUAUGAUGAGAGACGAGAGGGUCCAGACCGACACCGGAGCCCACCUCGUGGUGACAAGUACGGCUACGGCAGUCUUGGCAGACCGUCCCGUAGGCGACCUUCCAACGAUCCCAAUCAACCUUACAGUCGGGGCACCAGGGAAAGUGGCUACCAGUCAGACCAUGACCGCCACCGCUCAGACAAUCAUUACGACAACAACCACUACCCUUCCAAUCAUAAAGGCUAUGCCAACGGCCCAACACCCAACCACUACCCAGCCGAGCGACGCCCGCGUAUAGCCUCCUCCCAAAGUAUUGACCACGUCCGCGAUGGUGGAUAUCGGGAGGAGUAUGGCUCGUUGAAGCACAGAAGCCGAUCAGAUCGACGUAUGCGCUAUUCAGAAUCGGGUCCGGACUACGAUACUGGUUAUGACGCUGCCAGGGUCUGAUAAGGGGACAAGUUUUUACUGCAAUUUGAAAUUGGACCAAAAAAAGCGUGGUUUUCUUCUUUGUAGUGCAUGGACGCACCGAUACUGUGAAAUAUGCGAUAAAUAAUCUCCAAUUUCUGUCAACAUAACUGCUUGUAUUUCCUGACGUGGUCUUUCUGUAAAGUUUGAAAUCUUUUUUGGAGAAAGAUUUGCACAUUUUUACUCAAAAUGGAAAAAAUCACAACCGCCUCAAUUUCAGAGAUGGGCUAGGCUUUUGAAUUCAAUUCCAUGAUAACUAUUUAGCAGGCGAUCGAGGAGAUAUGUAUUGAUUGCUUAAAGUAUAGCCAGUAGGGAGUUGAGACUUUAUCAUGGUCUGGCCAGUGUUCCUAAAAGUACAUACAAGUUACAACUAGCCAGACUUCAUUCCCUUUCUACCAUGAAGCUGAACAUUUAUUCAAACAAGAAAUAUUUUGUAAUGAACAAUGCAUGAAUAAAUCUCUUCUCCUAAGAAAUAUUUUGUAAUGAACAAUACAUGAGUAAAUUUCUCCUCCCGAUUGUGUGCCACUGAAUUAUUUCUACGGAAGCAAGGCUGAGCUGCACUACAAAAAUGGAAGUUCUGUUCCACGGUACAUGGGAGUUCCAUUGCACAGUCACAAGAAAUAUCUGAACUUGUUGGUGAUGAGGAAUUAAUUCAGGCAGAGAUUUAUGAAGGCACUGUAAGGAUUCAUUCAGGCAUUGUGUAAAGCAGAUCAUGCAUGGGUCAGAUUUGUGCAGUGGAAUGAAUUUAAAUUUGAUGACGGAUAAUCUGUUCCAUUCUGCUUGGUUUGGCCUCGUGGAAUGGAACAUUCUGUCUGUCUCCUUAUGAGAUAAUUCUUACUGUUUCACUUAAUAUAGUCUCAUAUAUUUUAUAUGCCAAAAAGAGAACAUUUUCUCAUUCACUCACAGUACUAUAAAUUGAUUGAGUACACUUGCAGUGCUCUCAUUUACAGUGUACAUGUAUGUGCGGAACUCACGUUUAUUCAUUUCAUACUCCAAUAUUGACCUUGUUUUCCGCCAAUGAACGAAUGGAACAAGAAGCACACGGCAUGCUGCAAAGCACAGCUACACGGUGUGCCAUAUUUUCUCAAAUUCCAGUUUAUGUACAUGUAUAUAAACAGAUGCCAUCUUGUACAAUGCCUUCAUCCAACCCACAGAUAUCUCAAAAUUGUAGCCACUGAGUGCCUUGAAUUAUUUGCCAAAAUCUGGUUCAUUUGUCACAACUAGGAUGCCUUUCAAAUUAAAAGAUGAAGGUUUCAUGAUGUCUCCUUCAUGGUGUCAUAAACAUACGUGUGACUUCGCUCAUGCAUUAUUGAGGAUUGUAUCUUGAUGCGAGCUGGAUUUGACCUCAAAAAAGAAAAAAAAAAGAAGCCCCAGGCUUAUUCUGUGAAUCUUGAAUUUUCCAAAGACGUUGGAACUGGAAAAGUUGUUUAUGAAUUUGCAAG